GCUCCAGGAAACGUUCGAUGCCAAGACAACAAACCCGCAACAUCAACGUGUCCUUGACAAAACUGUUGAUUAGAACUUUGCGAUGACUGUAUAUAUACCCCGUACGAAUGCGAAAACGUACAGUUUUCCCUGUCGCGGAUCAACGAGCAUCAGGCUGGAGGAUCUCCUUUCUGCUUUACGGUUGAUAUUCGCAAAGGUUUUACAUGUAUGCGGCGGUUAUUUCACGAAGAGGAACGGUAUAUAUCCCUCUUACGCCCAAAACAUACAGGAAGGAAGCAUUCUCUGCGAUUCGUUUUUUACUCUAAGAAAAAAAGAUAAGCCCUAUUCGACGUCAUCGAAUCCGUCGGCACGUUACCAAACGUUACGGAGGUUCGCAUUUACGCUGAUUCACCUGGUGCGCAGAAAAAAAAAAAAAAUUGAAGAAGGUCACGACACUACAAUUAAACUUUGCAACAAAACAUUGGCUUCACUGUAUGUCACAAUUUCAGUGUUACGCUAUAUUUGAUUGGUUGCGGUACAUCAGUACAGCAACAUGGUUGCGGUUCUUUCAGUUACUCGACCGACCAAGUGACUUCCUCAAGAUAUUUAUUUGCGAUCCCUCUGCAGCUUCCCUCCCCGCUGAUCCUCGAUUCCGUGGCGCAGAGACAGCGGGGGAGAAGGAGAACGUGUUGGUGUCGUCACCUACGGCGACUGUGCCGUUGAACUCGGCCUAAUAAGUAUACAAGAUGCUCGAAUAGACUAAGCCUAAACUCGGUGUGCCGCAUUACGGAGAAUUAGAGCCCACGGAUUUUGGCCGACCAGGCCGUUCUGAAAGCACGUCUCCACGGGCAGUCUACAGGUAAGCAAUAAAUAAAACCUGAAGCUUUAGCCCAUAUGCGUUAAAGAUGAUAAUGUCAGUAAUUUUCGAGCUCUCUGCGAUGUAUGCGGUGGAAGACAGGUCGUUCACUGCAGCAAAAUCAAGUGCAAAUUAUUCCGAGCGGCAAAAAAUACGGGAAGCGGCAGAAAAAAAAGAAAGCUUAUGCGGUCACGGUGUUUUGAACUCGGCGGCACACAGCUGCUACGCACGUUCCAAGCAACGAAUUAACCCGCAGUUUUUGGGCAUCGUGCAACGCGCAGACUCGUCCGCAUCCGCGGCGCGUGCCAUAUUUGAGAACAUCUGCGCGGGCACUGCACAAGUGGAACGUCCCCGUUCGCCGAGUCGAACGGCUGUGUCGGGCCCGCAUAAGCACCGGCAGCGGGCCCUGGAACAGGCAUUGUGCGAAAUGUUACGUGUAGCAGCCCAUUCUGAUAUAUAAAAAAAAAAAAGGAGUGUGGUAGGGAAGCAGCCAACAACUUGCGCGGCCUACUGACGUGUACCGCUGGGGGCUCACGCUGUGAUUAACCUGUGUUGCAGAGGACCAUCUAUCAAGCCCCAUUCCUUGGGAGGAUGUACGCUGCACGUUAGUGGUCAAAGUCACGCAACGGCAAAGUAAGGUUCAAGUAAAAGUCUUCGCGAACGGCACGUGAAGCAGCCGCAGAGUCAUGCUGUGGCGCUUGCUGAGGACUUGGUUCCUGGCGACGAGCGCUUUCUACGCCCUGCGGCCCGCCGUGAGCGCGGCGCUGUUCCUGGUCUUCGGGGCGUGUGAGCUGCUGUGGAUGUCUCUGGGCGUUGCGGCAGCUGUCUGUCUCAAGGGCCGCUCGGUGCUCGAGGUCAGGGAGAGGACGGAGGAACCGGAGUGCCUCAGGAACCCGGACAUGGGAACUCACGAGUUCGUCACUUUGGAUGACGGUGUGACACUGCACUACGUGUCUGCCGGAAGUCGAGACAGGCCCUUGGUGCUUUUGCUCCACGGAUUCCCCGACAAUUGGUACACGUGGCACAAGCAGAUCCUCGAGCUCAAGAAAAACUACUGGGUCGUAGCACCAGACAUGCGAGGGUACGGACAGUCUACGAAGCCGUCCAAUGUUGAGGAGUACCAGAUGUCCUACCUGGUCGAUGAUGUCAGGGGCCUCGUGCAGUGGUUGGAGAGGAAGAAGGUCAUCCUCAUUGGCCACGACUGGGGUGCCGUGGUGUCGUGGUGCUUCGCCAACAGGUACCCGCAGAUGGUGGACAGGCUGGUCGCUAUCAACGGAGGCCACCCGGAUGCAAUGAGGCAACUGCUGCAGACCAGCCUCACGCAGAUGCUCAAGUCGCGCUACAUGGUCGCCUACCGGUGUCCCCGCAUACCGGAGGCAUGGCUCACCAUGGACGACUUCGCCAAACUGAUGAGCCUGUACGAAAGCGGUGGCGGCGCACAGGAAACCUCCGUGUUCCGGUACACGUUCUCGAAGCCAGGUGCUGUGACGGCGGCAGUCAACUACUACCGUGCUACUUUCUCCAAGAAGCGGCAGCUGAGGAACACGCAAUACCGCCGCCUUGACGUCCCCACGCUCGUACUCUGGGGUUCCCGAGACCCGUACCUGACGCCGCAAGUGGCUGAACUGAGCAGGCGCCAUUCGCCUGAAGCGCUUGUGCGCUUCUUGCGUGAAUGUGGGCACUGGCCUCACCAGGAAAACGCGCCGGUCGUCAACGAGGAAAUUGCAACGUUCCUAGCCGCCGGCGCCCCGGCCGACACGGUCGGAAAAGCUGGACUCAGACGUUGCCGCUCAUCGCUGUGACGGAAACAACAGCCUGACCAGAGAAUGUUGUCCGCAAUUGAAGCCGAGGGCUUUGUCCUCGAUCGAACGCUUCGGACCGUUCAUGGCGUAAGCCCCCGCCUAGAAAAUCACAUCUGGAGCUGCGAACAUGCGUUGGUAUCACAGUGUUACUGCUUUUUGUCCGGCCAACGCACAGGACAUGAUUUAUGCGACGUGAAAAUAAACGUGCUGGCAAACA